UUCCGUGUCACUGCGACCGGGACCGCCCUCCGCGACAUUUGUCCCCCAGCAGCCGCCGCCCCGCCCGCCCCUGACGUCAUCGUCGCCCCUGCCCCGGAGGCGGCGCAAGGUACUGUGGGUACGGCCCCUCCGCUCCCAGGCGACGGGUGGGGAAAAGGUGGAGGAAGAGCGAACUACAACUCCCGACAGGCCGUGCAACAGGCAGGGACGGGCUUCCGGCCGGAUCGGGGAGCCCCGCCCAGGCGGCGGGACAGCGUGGAGCUGGAAAAGCGCGGCGCGCGCGACUGCUUGCAGUUCCCGCCGGUGGCUCCGUCCCGGUCGCCAUGAACAGUUACUUGGAGGGGAAACACCUCCAAGAGAUCGUGCCCAGCAGCAGCAGCAAUGUUGCCGCCAGCAGCAGCAGCAGUGUUGCCGCCAGCAGCAGCAGCAGUGUUGCCGCCAGCAGCAGCAGCAGUGUUGCCGCCAGCAGCAGCAGUAGUGUUUCCGCCAGCACCAGUGGGGAUUUGGACUCCAGUAAGACCUCGGAGAUGGCCUCAAGUGUGGGCCUUAAGAAGGACAGGUUGGACAAUGAAAACACACCACAGGAGCCGCAUAUGUUAUCAGACUGUCCUCCUCAGAAACGGCAGAAGGUGAAGGAAAAAGAUUUUGCUGUUGUCCGCCGGCCUCGGCUGUUUGGAGAGUCAGAGUCAGGUAUAUCUUGGAAUGUACUUCCAGAUGAACUGAUUUUGGCAAUCUUUGCAUAUUUGCCCCUAAGUGACUUGAUCAGAGCUUCUGUGGUUUGCAAGAGAUGGCAUGGACUUUCGUUUGAUGAAUCUCUGUGGCAGAGUCUUGACUUGACUGGUAGAAACCUGCAGCCAGGAGUGAUUGGACAAUUGCUGCCUGCAGGUGUUACUGUAUUCCGCUGCCCAAGAUCAUGUAUUGGAAGUCCAUUGCUUAAAACUAGCAAACCUCUCAAAAUGCAACACAUGGAUUUGUCCAACUGCACAGUGGCUGUUGAAGACCUCUAUAGUAUUCUCUGUCUGUGUGAAAGUCUGCAGAACCUCAGUUUGGAGGGCUUAACGCUUUCUGACAAAAUCAUUAGGAGCCUUGCUAAGAAUUCUGGUUUGAUUCGACUAAAUCUCUCUGGAUGCUCUGGGUUUUCUGCAGAAGCAUUGAAGAUGAUGUUGAUCAAUUGUUUUUCGUUGGAUGAGCUGAACUUGUCCUGGUGUGACUUCACAGCCACCCAUGUCCGAACAGCAGUCAAUCACAUUACUGAAAAAGUAACCCAAUUAAAUUUAAGUGGAUACAGAACGAAUCUAGGAAUAGAAGAUGUUGAAACACUGGUGGCAAGAUGUCCUUACCUUAUGCAUUUAGAUCUGAGUGACAGUGUGGUGUUGAACCCUGAGUGUUUCAAGUAUUUCCGUCAACUCCUCUUUCUACAACAUCUGUGUCUUAGCCGAUGUUACCAGAUAACACCAGCAGCCUUAGUAGAACUUGGUGCAAUUCCAACAUUAAAGACUCUUCAGGUAUUUGGAAUAGUGACUGAGAGCUCCCUAAAAAUCCUCAAGGAAGCACUUCCUGAUAUUAUGAUCAAUUGCUCACAUCUUACAACUAUUGCAAGACCGACAGUUGGCAGUGAAAGGAACCAUGACAUCUGGGGUUUCAAAUGCAGAUUGGCACUGAGGAACCGUAGUGCCGUGACCUGUACAAUGAACUGGUUGUGAUGGACCACUGUGGUACUGAAGGUCCUUGUGAAGCAUAAUACUGGAGCACCCUUACUGUUAUUGUGAAAAGCAUUCUAACUUGGUCUUAUGCCUUAAUGUAGUUUCAAGUAUUUUUACAGUAUUUUUGUACUUAAAGCCUUUUAGAAUUCUGAUCCAUGAGCAACUGCAGAAUUUUUCUUGAAUGAUUUUUACAGGAGAGUUUUGUUUUGAAAAGUAUCAUGAAAGAAUCACCGUAAUUAAGCUGUCAGCCUUUCGCAACUGUUGCGGGUUCUGAUGCAGCUUUCCUUAUUCUAAGGUUUUCUAAAGGUGCUUUCGAGUAACUUCCAGCUCUACAAGUCCUGAAAUGGCUUGUAGAGGUAGUAGAUAUCUUAGUAAGGCUUAUUUGUCCUGGUAUGAGAUUACAGAAUUAAAAAUGAAUAAUAGCAUUAAAUUUAAGAUGUACAGUGAGAUGAGAAGCUACCCACUGUUUGGGGAGGGUCAGAGGACAGUCUGAACUUGCCAAACCUGAUGAUGGUAAAUAAGGUAAAGUAUGUCUGCACAAAAGCAGAUAGGUGACAGCUAAAUGCUUUCAAAGUUAAGCAGUACACAGGACGUACGAUGACAUUUUUCUUUAGCAGACCACAAGGUAACAUCUAAUUUUAGUAUUUUUCAUUAUUAGCAAAAUGCAGUCUGAAAAGCCCAUUCAAAAUGAGCUUAGGCUGAAGUAGAGGUUGGGUAUCGGUUUCAUGAUGUGGUGCUGUUUUCUGAUAAAAUCUAACAAACCUUAGCAUGGCUUCUGGGAUCUUGGUCUUGGAUACAACUUCUUAAAAAUGUUCCCUUCCUUUAAAGAGAAAUCUUUCAUAUGGAACUGAUAAAUUGGCAAAAAUCUUGCAGGGGGAGGUCUCAAAUGGCUCUAGAUCUCAGACCAAGACCUGGGACUGCAGUGUUAGAAUACAGAAAGGGAGAGGUACUUCAGUGCUAUCAAGCAAUAUAAAUUUCUCAUUUGUAUCAUUUCACUUCUUGUAUCUCUAACACUAAGUAUUACUGUCUAAUGUUCUUUCUUGAAAGUAAUGAAAGCACUGUUCAAAAAAAC